CUGUUUAUUCCUGGUUAAUGUAACUGUGUGUAUCCUCCUGGUUUGUGUCACUAGAAGCGUCUUUUCCAGGUCCACGUGUUUAAUUACCUUAAUCAGCCACACCUUUGAAGACACCUGCAGCACCUGCCUUUACGCCUGACAGCAUUUUAAAAAGGAAGUGGAAGUUGAUGACGAGAAGAAGAAGAAGAGGAAGUUUUCAGACCCGGAAGUGUUUGUAAACAAAAGUGUUUGGGUUGAAAACACGGCGGCAAACAGGAUGUUAAACAGCCACAAUAAGGUAGAAACACAAAAAGCGGAACUCUGGAGCUGAUGGAGGACAAACAGCGGCUGGUGGACGGAGGGGACCCGGACUGGAUGUCCCGUCUCCCGGAUGAACUGCUCGACGUCCCGCUGUGGAACCUGGCUAUCCCCGGCAGCCAUGACAGCAUGUCUUUCUGCCUGGAUGUGUCCUCUCCUGUCCUGAGAUCAGAGCCAUGUCUGCUCAGAGUCACCGACAAGUUGUUCCCCUGCUUCACUCGGACCUGUGUUUACCGCUGGGCCACCACUCAGUUAUCAGUUCUCAGUGAUCAGUGUGAUCUUGGUGUUCGUUUCCUGGACCUGCGGAUCGCCAAGAAGCCAGCAGGGGGCAGCAGCUUGUUCUUCGCCCACGGCAUCUACACGCUGAUGACGGUGAAGGAGGCUCUGGGUGAUCUGGCCGCUUGGCUCGACGCUCACCCCAAAGAGAUCGUGCUCGUUUGCUGCUCGCACUUUGAAUCUCUGACGGACGAAGACCACGCACACCUGGUGGAGUUCAUCACCUGGGUGUUCAGGAGGAAGCUGUGCUCCUCUCAGGAAACUCCCACUCUGCGUUCCUGUUGGUCCAAAGGUGAACAGGUCAUCGUUUCCUACGACAACCAGCAGAUGAUCCUGCAGCAUCCUGAGCUCUGGGCUGGAAUACCGUACUGGUACGCUGACAGCCCAGACCCGAAGAAGGUGGUUGGUUAUUUGGACGAACAGAUGCACAAAGGAAGGCCAGCUGGUUUUUACGUCAGCGGUCUGAACCUGACGGAAGACGCCCCCUACGUCGUCCUCCAUCCCCUCCAGAGCAUGAGGAAGAUGACGUCGAAGGCUCUGUCGUUGCUGCUCCGCUGGGCGUCCGUCCAGCGUCCGGGUCCGGGACCCGGGGGCGUCAACAUCAUCUGCUGCGACUUCGUGGACAUCAGUCAGUUCUGCUCCAUCGUCAUCGACCUCAACUACAAACGUCUGAGCGUAGCCGCUCCUAAACCCGUAGCAUCGUCCUCGAGUACCGCGGCCUGUUCCCAUAGCAACCAGACUGAUGCUUGAAGGUUAGGUUUUUGCCAAAAUGUCUCUAAAACAACAGUACAUGUUUCUGAUCUAUAUUUAUGCAGAUGAACGAUUUUUUGUAUACAGAAGAAUUAAUUUUCUGACUAAUGUUAUCAGACCGAGUGUCAGAAAUCAAAAUGUGAAUAUCUUUAUUCUCUUAUGAUUAAAAAUGUUGAUCAUUUUAUUACAGAGUAUAAUGUUUUUAGAUGCCUUUUCUUAGCCAGAGACCAAAAUAUACUUUAAAUCAUUAGUAAACUCAUUUUAUUUCAAUACAUUCAGUAUUGAUUGUACUUAAAUACCAGCACAGUAACCUAAAAUAAAUAAUGAGGAAAUAAGGUCAAUGUUUUAAUAACCUUUACUAAAACUACUCUAUCCUCAUAAUGUCACAUGUUUUUAUCAGGUGAAUAUUUUUCAUAGUAUUUUUGUAUUUUGUUGUCGAAUAUUUUUAUUAAUCACAUUUUUCACAAAUGUUCCUCAGGAUGUAAAACUGUGAAAUGUUCAAAUCAUUUGUACGUAAUACAAGUCAUAAAAAGCUGCUGGAAGUGUU